AUGAUUCUGGAAGACCUCCGCAGCCAAGCGAACGCUUGUGGUCACGCAGUGGAGGACAUGGUCCCCGAGUUGCGCAAUGGCCAGCUUCGGAGUUUCGUCCUGCAGGAGGAUGCUGGCUAUGGGAAGGCCAGGGAUGCUGUACCACCGGCAACUCCAUCGACGAGACCCUCCACUGCCAGCACGCGCCUCUCUUGCAGUACACCCGAUCUGCUGCAGAACUUGGCGACGCUCCCCUCCCUGCACAUGGGACAGCCACUAGGGCUCGAUGACAUUGACGAGGUUGCCGCCGGGAUUCGAGAGAGCCUCGAGGCAGAGCACCAAUGGCUAUUGGCGACCAUCGCUGAGGAGUAUCAGCAGCUGGAGUUGGAGGACCAACGUCGUGCGAACCUGGCCCGCUCCGACUGCGAGCCCUCCACGGCGCAGCUGAAGCGCUUCCUUGGCCGCUUGCAGGACGUCCAGGCAUCUCCAGGCCUCAAGGCGCUCGCGCUGAGCAGCAGCUUGGGGGAGUCCGCGCCUGCGGCGCCUGCGCCGGUGGCGGGCGGUGCAAGCGUCCGGCGCUUGCAGGCCCUCAUCAGCCUUCGGCGUCAGAAUGCCUCCCAAGCUCUGAAGCCCGUGCAGGAGGCCGAGCAAGAUGCCCAGACAGCGAAGGGAACAAAGGGCGCUGGAUACCAAGCGCCCGGGUUUAUGUCUGGCAUCACCUUGAGCUUGGGGCCCGGCAAGCAGGAGUUCGAUCCCUUCUUCGGCGACCCUAUAUAG